UGUCUGCGCUUGCGCGAGCCUCUAGCCACGUCAGAGUGUGUCUGCGCCUGCCUCUGGUCGCUUCAGGGUGUGUCUGCGCCUGCGCGAAUGCCCAGCCCUGUCGGAGUGUGUCUGCGCUUGCGCGAGCCUCCAGGCUCUACGGAGUGUCUGCGCCUGCGCGAGCGACCAGCAGCGCCCCCCCCUUAGAGUGUGUCUGCGCCUGCGCGCCUGUCCAUCUCUCAGGUGCCAGAAGGGAUGGUGUUGCAGUAAGGAUCCCCAGAAGGACCCUCAUCCAGCCGGCCCUGUGUCCUGAGAAGAAACUCGUGUUCCCGUGAGAGCCCGUGACCCAGUUCCUGUGAGCGAUGGCUUCUCUUGCCGCCAAGGACUCGUACUUACAGAAUCUGGCCAAGAAAAUAUGUUCCCAGCAGACUCGGGAGCCCCAGAAGCGAAAGUUUGCCUCGAAAACGGGUAGCCCCGGUGAUGCCGGGCCCCCAAAGAAAAAGAAGAAGAGGAAGCAGAAGCAGCAGCAGCAAGAAAAACCACAGAAGCGGGCCGAAAAGGCCCAACCACCCCAGGACGGGCCGUCCAGCACCAAGCAGCCAGCGGCUUUGCGGGGCCCGAAGCCCGCCGUGGCGGGGAAGAAGGGGGGUCCCAGCCAGAAUGGGGGCCCUGCAGGUCCUGCAGCCCCUGGGCCCAGCUCUUUCGUAGGCAUAGAUAUCCUCCGCCAGCGGCUACAGGAGAAGAUCCGGGAAGCCAGCGGCCAGGGCAGCGCCAAGGAGCUGUCGCCCGCGGCCCUCGAGAAACGGCGGCGGAGGAAGCAGGAGAAGGAGAGGAAGAAGCGGAAGCGGAAGGAGCUGAAGGCGAAGGAGAAGGCGGCCGAGGCCGAGGCCCAGGUCAAAGAGUCCGGCGAGGCCGAGGCCCCCGGCCCGGCCCCGGCCGGCCGACCGCCCCGGGCCCAGCUGGACUUGGUCUUCAACAGAGUGGAAGUCGGGGAGGAAGUCGGGGAGGCCCCGGUCGGCAAGGCCCAGAAGAGAAAGGAGAAGCAGCAGAAGCUGAAGGGCAAGCUGACCCCGCUGACGGGGAAGAACUACAGGCAGCUGCUGGAGCGGCUGGAGGCCCGGAAGAGCAAGCUGGAGGACCUGAAGGACCGGGACCCGGGGAAGGCCCAGCAGCUGGACGUCAAGAUGCGGUGGACCAACCUGCUGUACAAAGCCGAGGGCGUGAAGAUCCGGGACGACGAGGAGCUCCUCCGCGCCGCCCUGAAGCGCAAGGAGAAGCGCAAGGCCCAGCGGCGGCGGCAGUGGGAGAAGCGGACGGAGCAGGUGGUGGAGAAGAUGCAGCGGCGGCAGGACAGGCGACGCGGCAACAUCCGCAAGAAGAAGCAGGCCAGGCUGGAGCGCCGCAAGGUCAAGGCCCGCAAGAAGGGCCGGGUCCUGCCCGAGGACCUGGAGAAGGCCGGCCUCAAGUGAGGGCCCGCGGCUGCCGCCGCGGGGGUUUCCGUCCCCGGCUGUUUCUCUCUCUCUCUCUCUCUCUCUCCCUCUCUCCCUGUCCCCAGGGAGGAGCCCAGACUCGAGGGCUCCUGAGCCCAGUGUCCAGGGGAGCCGCCCUUUCCAGGCUGCCCCUCAGGACCCCACUCCCCGCUUUGCCACGGGGCAUCAACAGAAGAGCCUACAGACUCUCAAACCUGGCUCAGCGGCACUGCCCGCGAUGAGGGGAAUACGCGGGAAUUCUUGGGUGGCCCGCUUUGGGGGCGGGGGUGGCACCCCCCCCGGGAGCCCUCCUGGAUCCGACUGUGCCCAAGGAGGAGGGGUCUCCGUGGGGAAAGAGGGACCUCCCCGGGGAAGGCAAAGAGCAGGAGACUUGCUCUGUCUCUCCGACGGCAGGGCUGCCGGUAUUGGGUGUAAACGUGGAGUCCCAAAUUAAACACGUUGUUUAGCCGAG